UGGAAAAAACGUCCAGGAAAUUAUUCCGGACAGCCACGAUUAUGAGACUGAAUUAGAAAAAGAAAUGCAAAGACGAAUUAAAGAUAUAGUUAUGAAAGAUGUUCAGAGAAAAAAACAAUCCCCAACUCCCAAACCAACUCCACCAACCAGAGAGGAAGAAGACGAGCACGCCCAAGAAGCUCGUCAAUUUACCUUAAAUAUUUUGUCCGACUAUCAAGAUUACGCCGAAAACAUACUUUGUUUAGGAGUAAUAAUCGGGCAAAAAUCGGCCGGGGAAAAAUUCGCUG